GCAGCGCACCGGUUCACAGUUUGGCGAUGUGCCGCUCCACGCACGGCGGUCGACGUACGAGUGACCCCGACACGACACACAUUGACGUCGACGGGCGUUCAACAACGUCGACGACGGCAACGACGGCGAGGAGGACGGUGACGGCAGCGGCGGCGACGACCACGACGAGGAGAAGAGCGACAAGGACGUCACGGCGUUAGCACGUGUACGGGGAACAGAGUCGUCGUCGUUUGGUACCGUCUCGUCUCUCUUACGACACUGCGUGUUGCACACGCACCGUGCGUGUGUCCGCCGCCGCUGGUUCGUAACCUAUCGUAUUCGCAGUGCGCGCGUGAGCGUCCCGUACAUAUAUAUAUAUAUACCUAUAUAUAUAUAUAUAUAUAUAUAUGUAUCUAUGUACAUGUAUACAUAUGUAUACAUGCUCGUGCCGUAGUAGUCGUCUCGCGUGCAAAAAGAGAGCCAGCCAGUCGUCGCGGCCACGGGACAGAGCGAGAGAGUAGAGGAAGUGACCGCGGUGUGCGCGAGAAAGAUCGAGAGCGCGAGUGAGUGGCAAGAGGCGAGGUGGGAGCAGGCGGGUAUAAGGAGAGAAAGAGCGACGGAGAGAGAAACGAAGGGUGAGAGAAAGAGAGAGAGAGAGAGUGCGAGCGAGUGAGUGAGCAAACGCGAGAGCGAGAGAUAGAGAAAGCAAGAGAGAGAGAGAGAGAGAAAAAGGACUUCCCGAGACGAAGCAAGUGAGAGGGAGAAGUCAGACGCGGCGAGAGACGGACGAGGAACGGAGAAUCGAGACCCCAAGGUAUACGCGCGAUGGUGUUUCUACAUGUGCCGCGCGAGAGAAUGGUGCUUUCGUGAAACCGUAACUCUCACGGACAAGUUGUGCGCGGCGCGUACGAUACAAAAAGUCGCGUGUCAUCUCUCUCUCUCUUCUCUCCGAUAUCGGUCGAUGGUCGCGCACCGUCGUCGAUCGCGAGAUAAAUCCCGCUGUGUGUCCCUCCCCUCUCGUCCCGGCCGUCCGUCGCCUCCCACCGACUCGCUGUCCGCGUCGUACGCGGCUUGACCACGUCGUGGAUCGCGCGCUGCGAUCCGUCCGCGUCGACGCGGUGAUACCGCGCUGGUGAGCGCGUAGCGCGGCGAUCGAUAGCCACGAUCGAUAGCGGGCAUUUCUCGUGGCGCGCGCGCGCGCGCGCGCGUGGCUCCGUAUCGUACCACAUCGUGCGCGUGUGUUCAUUGUACAUUGACGCGCGGGCGGAUAGACGCUUGUUACGCGAUCACCAUCGAGUGACGACGCGUUCUCAUCCGGGACUGUACUAGGUUACCGUACUAGCUUGAACGGCUGGCCGAUCCGAGUGAGGAGGCGCAAGAGGAAGAAGAGAAGGAAGAGGAGGAGGAGGAGGAUAAGGUGCGAGUUAAAGAUAGACAGAUAUAAUAAUUAUCGCGACGGACAAGGACACGACGACGGGCGCACUACCGGCAGCUGCUGCUGCUCACUCGUCGUCGUCGUCGUCGGUCGCGAAGCGACGCGCGCCUGUUACGGCGCGGUCACACUCACGACCGACAUGGAGGAGAGUCAGCUGUUGAUGACGGAACUUCCGGCGCUCACGCCGAGCCGCGGCGGCACGACGCUGCUACACAGGCCCGGUCACUAUUACCACCUGCACCAACCACACUUGGCGAUACCGACGCCGCAGAGUCAGGCGAUCUCGAUGCACAACUCCAGCACGGCGCCGCACUACAACGCCAGCUCGGAUGCUGGCGGCGGCGUCGGCGGUGCCGGCGGAGGAGGCGGUCCCGCGAACGCCGCCGGCUUGCCGGCGUAUGUUCAGGGCGGAAUCUCGUCGCGGCAGAUGCCGCAGGUGCCGCGCGGUACCGCCGCGGCGGCCGGACACGCCGUCGCGAGUACUCACGUCUCCUGCCUCUAUCCGGAAAUCCUUGCCCUGAUCUUCAGCUAUCUGGAAGUGCGCGACAAAGGACGGGCGGCGCAAGUGUGCACCGCGUGGCGAGAUGCCGCUUAUUAUCGCUCGGUAUGGCGAGGGGUCGAAGCGCGUCUACACCUGAGGAAACAAGCACCGGCGUUGUUCGCCAGCUUGGUACGACGCGGCGUCAAGAAGGUGCAGGUACUGUCGCUCAGGCAUGGCUUAAGCGCCGUUCUGAAGGGCGUGCCGAAUCUCGAGGCGCUCAACUUGUCCGGCUGCUAUAACAUCACCGACAGCGGCAUCACGAACGGCUUCUCGCAGGAGCUGCCGACCCUCACCGUACUCAAUCUGUCACUUUGCAAGCAGGUGACGGAUGCUUCGCUCGGCCGGAUAGCGCAGUACUUGAAGAAUCUCGAGCACCUCGAGCUGGGCGGUUGCUGCAACAUCACCAACACUGGUCUGAUGGUGAUCGCGUGGGGACUCAAGAAGCUCAAGCGGCUGGACCUUAGGAGCUGCUGGCAUGUCUCCGAUCAGGGUAUCGCUUAUUUGGCCGGAUUAAAUCGCGAAGCCGACGGGAAUCUCGCCCUGGAACACCUGAGUCUGCAGGAUUGCCAGCGACUGAGCGACGAGGCGCUCAGAAACGUCUCGCUCGGUCUCACCACCCUCAAGUCCAUCAACCUGUCAUUCUGUGUCUGCAUCACCGACUCCGGCGUCAAGCACUUGGCUCGGAUGUCGAGUCUGCGCGAGCUCAAUCUACGCUCGUGCGACAACAUCUCCGACAUAGGUAUGGCCUACCUCGCCGAAGGUGGCAGUCGCAUCACCUCGCUCGACGUGUCGUUCUGCGACAAGAUCGGCGAUCAGGCGCUGGUCCACAUCUCCCAGGGUCUGUUCAAUCUCAAGUCCCUGUCGCUGUCCGCCUGCCAGAUCAGCGACGAGGGCAUCUGCAAGAUCGCCAAGACCCUGCACGACCUCGAGACCCUCAACAUCGGCCAAUGCAGCCGGUUGACCGACCGGAGUCUGCACACUAUGGCCGAGAACAUGAAGCAUCUCAAGUGCAUCGACCUGUACGGCUGCACCAAGAUCACCACUAGCGGCCUCGAGCGAAUCAUGAAGUUGCCGCAGCUGAGUACGUUGAAUCUUGGCCUGUGGCACGUGCGGUGAUGGCUUUUUCCGUCGCAGAGCGCUCGUCGGGACGAACGCCGUCAUCGUCACCGUCAUCAUAAUCACCGUCACCACCACCACCAUCACCACCAUCACCAUCACCACCGUCACCGUCAUCGCCGCGUCGACGACAAGGACGACUUCAUGCGACCAACUGACCUCAUCUACGCGCGUAUGUUCGCACCGCAGGCGGUAAGUCCACUACCGCUCGGGAUACGAGAUCUCCCGAGCGCGCCCGUUAUCAACAUCGUCGCCGACGACUACAACGAUGACUACGACGACGAUGACGACGACGACGACGACGACGACGACGACGACUACGUCGACGUCGUCGUCUUCGGUGGCGACGGUCGCGAACAACGCUAACUCGCUGCUUCGAGACGGAAAUUCGUCGAGUGGUCGCGCAGCUCGCGUUCUCGAGAAACACCACCGCGGCGCGGGUGGUACUCUCUUUUCGAAUACUCUUCGUUAGCAGCUUCUUCUUCUCGGGAAAGAAGCAAGAAAGCAGAGGCGGAGGACGUCUCGAGCACACAUACUUCCGAUCGUACUUGGUCGUCGCGCGUCGAAGAUGAUCACUAGGUUAAUUCAACGGCGGGUCCGUGUCUCUCGCCUUCGAUUACGGCGACUGGACCCGUCGAAUUUAGGAAAAAAGGAAACGAAUAUCGCGUCUCGGGUUUUCGCCGCGAGCUCGCCACGGUGCUACGAUUGUCGUGUACGAUCAUCGGUGUCGGAGACGCGUCAAUGCGGACUUGUCGACUGAACUCGUCGAUUGAACGAUAGAUUGAUUGCAAUGGUGCAUUUUUCGUCGGUGUGUCUCGCUUUUUCCAUUCCAGGUUCAUGUAAAGCAGAUCGCGAUCGCGGACGUGCUGUCAAUCGGACCGAUACGAUAUAUACGUAGAGAAUGCGCUUUUAAUCUGUAUUAUCAUCAAGUGGGUUGACUCAACGAUCAGUGUCAUUACGCUGCUUCUUCGUCUGACGCUUCGCGGAAGACGCUUCUCUCGAUAACGAUAGAUCGACAGUCAUUCUUAUCUGUGUAUUAAUAAUCGUGACGCGUGCAAUAUGGAGCGACGAUACUGACGGAUUGACUGACUCAUGAUUCUCGCGAUCCUAAAAGAAAGAAGAGAAAAUUAACAAAAUACCGGCAGAAAGUACGGCAUUAAAGAAACCUUGUCUUUCUCUCGAAGAAGUUGCGCUCUCUCUCGAGAUUCUGUCUCGUUUGUAAUGUUCUUUUUCCUUGUUUCUUUCUGUCCCUCUUUCUUACCGGCUGUAUAUCGAUAACUACUCUCUUCAUCUCGCGCCGUGCACUCUCUCCGCAGAAAUUAAUUAUACUAUUAUGUAUCUGGCGUCGUUCGCGUGCGUAUUAAUUAUUGCGACGAACGUCAGCAGGCCCCGCAAGAGUUUUUUCUUGAUAUAUCGGUCACUCCGCGGCGUGGCGCGUCGCUGAAUAAAUAACCAAGUCAAAUGAUCCCCGAUAGCGGAUCUCGUGACCUCUCCGGCUGACCUCGAUAACGCACGCAGCCUGUGCGAUUCGCCAAGUCGAUGAAAAACGUCGAGAGCAAUGUUGCGCUAUGAGGCAACGAGAUAGAGCACAAUUCAACGAUGAUCCACGUUGAGAUUGUGCCAGCUAGCCGACCUAGCUUCGCCAGCAGCAUCACGCACGCAACUUAUGUGCGAGCUUAUGUCCUCACGCUAACCUACGUACGUUGCGGUAUAUCCGUCUUAUGUGGACAUGUUCAACGUUCUCAAAUCCUUUCCUCGUCUCAUACCUUCAAAAUAGGGAAAGGAUAUAUCCGAAGUAAUUACAGCACGCGCGCGAUCGAGAAAACAUGACUUCCGGCGAUAAGCUGAACACGAUCGCUGUGAAUGUUCACGAGACUCGUUUCCGAAAUGCCGUUGCACGGAUUCUUUAUUUUUUUUUCUCAAGGUGCAUACAAAGCAGCCGCGAGAAAAUGUUCAAAAGCGGUGGAAAGGGACAAGUCCAAAACCGAGUCCAUCGACGCUUCAUUUUACAUUCUACUUUCGUCAGUCUUCCGUAUGCAACACGCUCACUGGAAACAAGUAUAAUUUUUACGUACACAACACAUACAGUGCCAUUUUACGUAUUUUUUUACGAGAACACAGGCAAGAUGGGCUUAAUUCGGUUGCGUCGUUGAAGUCGUCAACUGAAGAAGAGAAAGCAGAAAAAACUUUGUUGGUAUCGAAGCGCGAGGCAGUCGAGAAUCCUUCUCUUCAUCUUGCGCGUCUCGUCGAGGCGACGCAUCGUCGUUGUGAAACCACGCUGCAGAGUGAAUUCUCGUUGUUCUUGACCACCUUGGACAGACCUCGGGUCGCGACAAUCGAGCGUAGGACGACACUCGACGAGCCUACGUCUCUCUUUUCCUCUUUCUCUCUCCUCGAGAUACGAGUCUGUUCUUUGACUCUGGACGCGAACGAAAAGUAAAUAUUCAGAAUGGACCUCGAUUUCGAGGUUCUGCUAUAGACGUUCUACGUACCUCAGUCCUACUAAGUUCCGAUCGUUACCGCCUGAUCUUGUAAUUGCAAUAAGUUGCCGUUUACCAUGCAGGAUUUUCAUUUGGAUCUUUCGAGAGCGACACGUGUCGUAUUACACAUGUCAGAGAAGUACACAGUUAAGAAGAGAAGAAGAAGAGAAAGAAAAAAAGAAGGCAUAUACGCUUUGACAUUUAUAUUAUUAAGCUUACUAUAAUUUUUAACUGUACGUGGAGAUAGAAUGGUUAAAAAUCGUACUGCCUAAUACAGGAAAGUUUGACAAUACAAAAAUUCGAAAACAUCUAAAUAUUUGCAUAAGUAUGAAUGAAACUAUUAAAAUAUAAGCCAAUAAGAGUUUAUUACCACAACGCAGGUAACAAAUUUUCUAUGAAUGCUGACAAACUGUUCUGAAUUUUUGAAAACAAUCCUCUGAAAGAAAAUGGUUUUUACGUUUCCAAUAUUGCCGGAAUCAUAAGAAAUAUGAAAAAAAUAUUUUUAACAGAAAUGUCAUUUUUCAAGAUACUUCCAUCAAUCGCUGUCGUUUUUGAAAAUUUUUAAAUUCUUUUGCAACUAAAUUAAAGCGUAUUUUGCGCCAAAUUCUGUCAUGAAUUUAUGAGAAAGUUAUAUUCCCUCUCUCGCUGAACAUAACUGAACGUAAUAAUUUGCUAUUCCGUACAUGAUGAAUUGAUUGAUUGAUUAUAAAUAGUUUUUAGUACAAAAAUCGACAGGUGUUUCAUAUUCUAGUGGUCUGUAUACCCACUUUUAUACUAUAUGUUUGAAUAAAUUUCUAAACGUCGGCUACAAAGAGAGAAAAUUGUGUGUAAUAAUUGUAUUUUUAAAAUAUUAUUUCUUUGACCAAACUUCGAAAUCUAAUGAUAUUCAAAAAAUAGUUAAAUGUGUAACUUGUUCUGUGUGCCGCGUUAAUUUUACGUGACUUUUCAUUCAGGUCGCGUAGGUGUAAAUGUUACAAUGUAUCUCGUGACAUUGGGCAAUAGUCUUUCCAUAACUUCGAAAUUGAGUAUUUAGCGCCGGUUUUGGCUUGCAUCAUCGUGUCUCUUGCAUGAAAAUUUUAUAAGAAUAUUCAUGCGCAAGCGGAUCCUUCAAUUCUUAGUCAGUGCGAAUGUCACAACGUACCUCGUCACAUCUGGCAGCAUCCUUCCAUAACUUCGAAAUUAAGCAUUUGGCACUGCUUUGGCUUGCAUCAUCGUAUUUCUCGCAUGCAAAUUUUAUAAGAAUAUUCAUGCGCGAAUAGAUCCUUCAAUUCUUACUGGAGAACGCGAGAGCCGAAUUGGAACGAAACUUUUUUCUAUAAUAAUCCUUGACUGGAGUAAUAAAACAUAUUGAAGGGCUAGCACUCUUAGACGUUUUCGAGAAAACGGCAUCGAUGAUGCUGAACAAUGAUGCACGAAAUGAAUAAUGAAAGGAAAGUGUAAAAGUUUCGUGAUAAUUAAUAUACUUUAUGACUCUAUGCAUUUAGAUUUUACAACAAUUUAAAUUUUAGAAGAAUACUUUCGCGGAACUCAUAUUCGGUAUAUAAGUUUCUUGAAGUUUUAAAAUGGUUUGUAAGAAAGAGAGAAAGAAAGAAUUAUAUAAUAUAUAUAAUAAUCUGGCGGUAACAUACAAAGCUCUCGUAAUGUGUAGAUUAAAUCAAACUGAACAAAAAAUUUCUCUAUUAUUUUGCGAACAACCAAAUAAAAUUUUGAGUAUUGAUUAAAGAAGAUUGAUGAAUAAACUUGCGCGAUUUGUCAAUAUUUAUAUAUAAUCGUGCGCAAUAUCACUCAUAUAAGUGUUUUAAUGAAUACCUCAGAAUUUUAUGCGGCUGUUUAUACAAUGGUUUUUUGUUUGCUUUUGCCUAAUCUACAAGCGCACACGACGAUCCCGAAAUGUCAGUACGCGUAUGCGCUUCUCGUAACGAAAAUGUCGAGAUUAAAUUCGAAGACUACGACCUUCGUUCAUAUGUUUCUCGAUCAAGCCGAUUGGCAGCGGAAGAUUAAAGAUUCAAGACUCGGGUAUUGGGUGUGCGAGAGUUAUACGCUUUUUGCAAUGCUACGUCCUUGGUCUGUUCUACGGACUUAAUCUGCAUAUUUGACGCAACAGCGACUCUACCGGGUGUGAGAGAAGCUGCACGAAUUUCAUUUUAAUCUAUGAUCGAUUGUUACGAUCGUGAAUGCUGUGUUCUCUUAAGGAUCAUUUCGGCCAAUCUACAAUUCGUGACGGGACUUGGAACGAGAUUUUCUUUAUCGGAAAACACUCAAAGAAUCAGGAUUGCAUAUAUAUUUAUAGAUGCUCGCAUACAUUAUAUAUGUACACACAUCUAUAAAUCUUCCAGUGUUUUUCAUGUCAAACGACAUAUGAAAUCGCAAUUAGAAAAUUGUGUUCAGAAUCCGUCGUGAAUUGCAGAUUUAUCCAAUUUCAAACGUAGAAAAAUACUUUUCGAUAGAUCCACGUAAAAAAUAUUUCACAGUGUUAUCGUUCGUUUGCUGUUAAUGGAAAAUCUUUAAACAUUAGGGUGUAUGUUGAAAGAACAGAGUUACGUAAUAUAGGAUACGCUACACUAUGUCAUCGGCGAAUAAUAUCCUAAUGCCUGUAAAAAUCGUUAAAAGCAUUUUUAAACGCGCGGGGAUUAAGCAAUAUUACGUUUCGUCCCGCCAGCCGCGGGGCACAAAUUAUAUCUUUUGUUUUCGCACAGUAGAACGACAAUGCGCAGUGCCAUUUAAUAUUUUUAGCAAGAUUAAGUGCUGUUUGUUAAGUUUGUUUCAUUUAGCGUGUAUUGCUAUACAUGUAUUAUAUGCUUACAAUAGUAUUACUUUUGCUCUUCAUUGAUUUUUGCACGUCUCUAUUAGCGAGAUGAAUUUUCUUAUGUGCCUUUGUUUUCCUUUAUAAACGUUCCCAAAUUUAGAAGAUGGAAUAUUCCUUUGGAAAAAGUUGGUUUUAUAUUAUCGAAAAAAGUUUUUUUUUAUUUUCUAAUAUAUUCCGUGAAAAAAAUUUAUUCUUUAAUGGAACUCUCGGUACCUAUGUUGUCAGUGUUCAAGACCAAAUAUUUCGUAAAUCCUCAUGGAAUCAACAAUGAUUCCAAUCGUUGAAAUGUCAUGUGAUGACAUGUCAUAAUGUAGUCUAUGUCUUCGACUUCGCGAUGCAAGAUCAUACAAUAUCCCAACAAAAAUUUCAAAAUUGAUCAAAAUCAAUUUCGAAUCAAUUUCGAAUUUCAAUAUGAGACGGCAUGCUGUCAAGUAUUUUCAGCUAAUUCCAGAAAGAUAAUUUUUCCGAAUAUAACAUUGUUACAUAUAUUCAUUGUUGAAUUCGGUAUAAAUUUAUCUUUAAUUUGCUCGUAAAAAAUUUUGAAGACUUAAAAAGAAAUUAUGAGGGUACGUUGGAAAAUAUAACAUUUUUGAAAAAUUUCAAAACGUAAAAUACAUUUAAGACCGUAAAAAACCUUUAACAUAUCUUUUUAAUCUUUACCAUUGGGCGCGUUAAUUCUCUUUCGCAAUUUGUGUUGGACUAAAUCCCUACUAUGUUACGAACUAUCUUCUCAUGCAGUAAUAUCUUCCUUCUUUUUCGCUAUUCAUUGUUAAACCGACAUGCUUUCUUGAAGAAUAUUUUCCGAUAUCUUCUUCCCCGUCCUGUACGCGCUUUGGCCGCACGACUUUAUUUGAAAUCUAAUUAGGACAUCUAGGUAACUCGGACUUAAUCUUAGCGAUGCAGCAUCUCGGUGGCUGAACAAUUCACGUGCCGAGUGAACGAACGAAGAGGUGAUUAUAGUGCCUGAAUAGCCGAGAAGUAUCACGUGCAAUCUUGGCAUUAUCGCUAUUCUACACUGCCGCAUAGUGAGGCGAAUACUCUGUUUUCGAUUCGUAAUAAUUUUUAGAAUAUUUGAUAAUCAUAUUUCAUUUUAAAGCCAAAAUCAGAACAGAAAGUUUAGCCAUCCACGCGAAGUGUAUCGCGGCAAACCAACCAAUAAUCGAAAAUUGUUUGUAAAAGGGGAAUGAAAGGGGAUACAAAUGUUUCUAUACACUUUCUUGUAUAGGUUGGUCCAUAGCUCAACCUGAAUUGUUUUGAACCAUAACUUUUUGGACAUAACAGCAAGCGUGUUGAAACUAGAAAUUUAUAUAACUUUAUUUUAGGUAUUAUGCGGUUUUUUUUUUUAGAUUUUGCCUUACUUUGUGCCGUCACGAAGUAUAACAAACCGUAUUUCAUUCUUUCACGAUUAAUUUAAGUCGUAUUCUCAGCGUGCGACGAAUGAAUCAUUCUGCGGGCUCGCUUCUGUUAUAUUCAUCUUCGAUUCCCUUUUAGUUUCCGUCUCAUCACGACGAUGUGACACGAUUUUAAUAUCGCUCUAACGGUGCUUGUUAACCUUAUUACGCACGAGAACCAAUUAUCUUAAAUAUUAUUUCCUCACACGGCAUAUACGUUUUAAAAAUGGAACGUGAGCACUCCUGAGCAUUUUUCUGGAAUAAUUCAUGGAAACGUCGAGAUCACGUUUGGCGCGAUUUUCUCGCGCGACAAUUAUUAUAUAGAGCGUGUUCGCGAAAGUCGGGAGUAGGAGACGCGGUGCGACGUGGCGCGGUCGGGAAAAGACGGAUGCACCGCGAUGCAGAGCGGAGGCGGGCAGCAGUGCGCAUCCGUGCGAGGUGCGCUCCUGGCACCGGCCAGGUCGUACCAGAAAGACGAAAGAACGGUCGGCCACUGCUCGUCGGUUUCACCGACACCGACGAGUUGUCCGUCUCGUCGUCGCUCUUCUUCGCCGAAUGCAGGCAUUCGACCUCGGUCUUCUUCUUCCCAGACUCGCUCGUUCGUUUAAAAGACCUGCUGCGAUAGGCUUCGUAAAAACUCGAGGAAAUUGACAUUUCAAAUAGAGAAAAUUAGGUUGCUCGCCAAUAGUAACGCAUUCCCGAGGAUCGAACCGAUUUAGGCGUAAAAUCAAAAGUUGCCAAUUUUUUGAAUCCCAGAAUCAAUUUAAUUUAAUCCAUGUAGAUCCGGAUGAAUUUUUCCGAAAUUCUCGGGAAAGUGGGUCAUGGUUCGUCGUGUUACCCAGCCGUGUCUUCCGUUAGUGCCGACUUAAUAAUUUUUUAAUGUUUUCGAUCCGCGGCGUUACGGUAAACAGUCAGGUGCCGUUGUUACGAAGGAUAACGCGUAGCAUUAGUGCGUCCCGGUUGAUUCCCACGCUUAUUUAUUGGAGGCGACGCGAAAGUUAUGUACUUUCUUUUUAGUUAUUGCAUCUGCAUCAUUGUCAGUAGAUUGUUGAGUGCGGCGUACUCACAAUCUCUAAAAAAUAUAAUUUUGAAUUUGAAUCAUUUAAUUAUUAAAAAAUUACCAAUAAUUACCUUGCCGCUAUUGCUAUUAUUGCGACGUCUAUUACGUUUAUGUGUAAUAAAACCUCGGUUAUCACGAAUUGAAUCUUCGUCCUCGGUAAACGUAACAGGGUUUAUUGCCAAUGUUGUCAAUCGUGGUGACGAUGAUGUUAUAUAAGAUCUUUCCGUUUGCACAAAUUGUUUUAGUCUGCGACGUCUUUCGUCUUCCCAUAAUUUAAACAUUUCGUCGUGAGUUUCACUAAUAAUUUUUUCAUAAUGUUCCUUUGUUAUUACGGCUGUAACAUCAGUCAUUGAUAUCAGUUGUGGUGAUGUAUGAAGACUAAUUAAUGCUUUCGCAACAAUAUUUAUAGAAGACUAUUUAAUUUCUAAAAAAUGACGAAAUCUCAAAAUACAUUUAUUUGUUUCGUCGAAAAUUUCUUCCAUUUUUUGCCAGAGGUUCAAGUAGAACUAACGAAGUCUUUGUAGCCCCGUAUGUGGAGAUCGAGCGUUCGUUUCACGAGGAGAAGAAGCGGAAGGAGAGAAAGGGGGGAAGCAGGAGGACGAGGAGGAGGAGAAGGAGGAUCAAACCGUACGGCGUGCGUGCACGCUCCCCCGACCGCUCGCCGUCUCUCCUCUCGUUCGUUCCUUUCGUGGAACCUGAACAUUCCGCCGGAGGAUCAGCGGUGGAAGUUGCUCCUCCGUGCAAAAAAUUAUUUUUCGAUCUUCUCAAAUUAUUCCACAAUAACGUACAUGCGUUGUACGCUUCAGCUCGCUUCGUCUCAUUAUAUCUGACAAACAUCACUGAAAAGAUUAUGUAGGUGAUGAAUAUACAUAAACACGAGCGGCGUUUUCCCUGGAAAGAAGUAGAGGAAGAGUUACUCCUCGACUGCCGUCACUUUUCGGCGUGACAAAUCCUCAGCCACCUCGGUUCAUUGCGACCGUGAAAAAAACCGAAGUGCCGAAGUUCGCCGGACGAAACUCGCGUUGCGCAAGAAAGAACGAAGUAACCUGCGUCGCCGUUUCUCGCCGCGCGUAAUAAUGGGAAAGUCGACGUGGGCUAAUUGAAAAUCGCGUUACUUUACAAGGAAAAAAAAACCACGAAAGGCUUUUGCGAUAACGAUUGAAAUGAUCUCUUACAAUGAACUAGCGUCAAACUCCAAAGUACAUAACUUUGUCUAAAGUCGGCCAUUCGUAUCGCGCUAUAUCAGAUAUGAAAAUACAACGGAAAAUAAUAACGAAACCUAUACAUUUGAUUAGGUUUUAAUACUAUAGUUUCUUGUGAUACAUUCAGUUUCAUGGAUAUUGUAUCGAUAUAUCGAUAGUAAUUAAAAGCUUUUGACUGGCAGAAUUCAUCUCUAGUUAUGUAUUUUCCAUGAUUGUUGAGUAAUCGAAGAAACGAGAAGUGACAUUAUAUUGAAAGCAGAAGUAACAUUUUAAGAUAUUGACAUGUACAUGACAAUAAAAAGCAUUAAUUAUGAUUAGGGUUAAUUAUGACACGCAUAUGUCUAUUUUUCUCCAAUUAAUUAUUUCUUUCAAUUAAUUUUAUAUAUUAAUCUCUUAUUUACCUAUCUCUUAACCUUCUGUUGUCUUUCUACCGAUUUUUUUAUACGUUCCUGUUGUCAUUAGCGCAACGAAAGUCUUCAGAAGGACAGAUAUCUGUGCACACUAUUUGUUGACCUAGCUGUAGACAGCUCGUCAUCCUAGGAAUACAUCUUUAUUCGUCAACAGAUCUAAAUACGAAGAUGUCUCGAUCAAUGUUACCCAUUAUCUACUGGACGCGAUCUUUGGUCGAUGCGCGGCCAUAACGCUGUUAUUUGUUGCUUCUGUUCUAUCUGUUAUCCACCCAGUUUUAUAUAUUUCUCUUCUCAUUCCUGAUACACCAAAACAAAUAUUAUUGUUUUCUAUUCGUUGACUCGUCAACUUUGUCACUUUUCUCCUUCGUUUUAAAUGAGAGAUUGAUAACAAUAACCAAUCACGCACACACAAAAGAGAACAGGUGUGUGAUGGAAACGUUAUUGUAGCGCAACCUGAUAAAAUAUUUCUGUCGAUCAGAUUUUUCAAGAAGUCAUUCGGCACACUAGUCAUUUCCCUCGGUCUAUUUCUCAUUUUCUCUAUUUUUUCAGCUGUUAUCCUAUUACGUAUGUACCGUUUAACAAUCCAAGGAAAACGCGCCUCACCGACUCUCCUCUGACGCAAGAGUCCCUUCGUCGUUAAUCUUCGCAUCUUCCCCUCUCUCUCUCUCUCUCUCUCCCUCCCUCCCUCCCUCCCCUUUUGAAAUAUUUAAUACUGAAAAGCACAUCGACGUUGGGCAUCGGUAAAGGACGCUGCCGCAACCUAGAUUCACGCAGAGCGACUUUUCCGUCCCGAUAAGUUCUCUGGGCGCUCUCGCGUGCUCCGAGGCGAGAGAGCUGCCUCAGCGAGCGCGCUCGGCUGGCCGCGGUGGCUGCGGCCGCGGUAUUCGUGACACUUGCGGGAAUUUUUGGACGGGUCUGUACCGGAAUGUACAGGCGGCGAUGGUAUUCAGGAGAACCAGGAGCAGUGGGAUCGAAGGGCCAACAACGCCGGGCUCGUCCGCCCGUACAAGCCGGGCGGCUCGAAAACCUGAAUUUCAACUGCCUACCUAGACCCGACGGCCUCCGGAACCGCCGAAAAUGCGCGUGGUUGCGCGUGAAUUAGAGUCAGGCCCCGCCGCCGCGACGAUACGAGUGUUGGAGUGAUCGUGCACGAAAAGACGAGAGGAAGAAGGUGCUUCGCUCUCGAGCGAGAUCCGCUGAGGACGAAUAUGUCUGACAAGAGACCUAACAGAACUGUCCCUCACCAAUGUGCUUUGGAUAUGUUGUAGAGCAUCAAAAUAUAAAAAAUCUAUAUUUCUUUAUAUCGGCUUAUCUUGAGGUUUAGGGAUUAAAACAGCCCCUUGAAAAAAAAUGAACUUUUUUAUUUUUAUGGAAUAAUUUCUAAGAUAUAAGGUAUAUGAAAAAAUAUUUCCUAUGAAAGUUUUACAGUAUUCAAUACUCUUUGCAACGGCGUAUUUCAUUUGUUUGAAAUACGUCAAAUUUUUUAUCUCCUUACGAUGGAUGAUACUCACUCCAAGAAUCUAAUAAUAAUAUGGAUUGUGGCCCGAUAUUCGGAAAGAAAAUUUCUCUCAACAAGGUUUUUACAUGAGCUGAUGUUAAUUUAUCAAAUUUUGAUGCGACUACACAUAAAUAUUAAGAACGUUAAAUAAUGCACUCGUGGGCCAAACGUUCCUGUAGGUUCUUUUAAUACGAUCAAAAGAGGCGACAAUAGUCUACCAUUCGUGGAAAUAAUCGGCUAUAUUGUAUACCUAUGUAUAGUUGCUGAUACAGACUGUACUACAGAUUCUAUUGUUUUUGCACUUUUAUUUGCUAAUGUACGACCGGCGUGAAGUUCUAACUGGAAU